AUGGCGAGCGGCGCCUUGUCGCGCUUGUGGCACAACUGCGUCGCGCUUCUCACCUACUGCACCUUGAAGCUCGUGCACAGGUCCAGCACUAGCAGCAGCAGCAGCUUACCCAGUGCCCUCUCAUCCGCGUCGUCCUCGUCGUCUUCGUCCUUACCUUGCUACAGCUUGUGGCGUUUUGUUACUGCAGGCCCCCGCCGAGCCCAACGACAGUCCCAUGCGACGCUUGAGUUGCUGGAAAAGUUCCGUCAGGGUCCAGCAACUCAAAGCGAGUGGAACCUCCUGCUCUGGCGCGCAACUUUCCCGCUCGUGUCGCUCGUGCUGCUUACGUUGCUCUGUAUUGCCGGCCAAUUUGGCCACCUCGUCUACUCGCUGGUCGUCAAUCCUGUGUGGUACUUCUGCAAUUUAAUGCUCGUCACGUGUCCGUUCGUGGUCGUGUUUCGCUUUGCAGCGCUCGAGGGAGAAGGAGGAGGACAAGCGACAAUGUGGCGCUACUUGGCUCUCAUCAGUGGGGCGAUCAGUCUCGUCGAGUGGUACAUGAGUGUGCCUGCGAGCAGGAUCUCGUGGAUUGUGGGCAACACGUUGUUUGGUAUUGUCGCACUUGGAGCCGUGCCGCUGUUCUUUGGUAUGCAAAGAAGAACAGCUCGAUCACAGUAUGAGGAUCUUGUGCUCGAGCAAGAAGAGCAAGACCAGAGACAGAUGCACUGUGCUGCUCAAGAAAUAGAUGGAGCGGAGGAGGAGAAAGCCGGGGCUAUACAGCAGACACAAGGAGAUUUGUUGUUGUCGCCAUCGGCGUCGUCUUUGAAUUUGCGAGUGGAUGGCAACUCGGAACAGAUGAUGAUGAGGAUGAUGGUAAAGGAAUCACUUGUGAGGCAGCGAUCGGGUGGAGUACAGAGUGACCACGAGACUUUGCGACAGUUGGUGGGAGGCCAGAGUGAAAACAAGACUUCUCGACAGUCUAAUCAUGACCAGAUGCAACGAGAGGGACAGCCAGUGACGAGAUUGCUCUAUGGGUGUGGCUUUUGUGCGGUGGUCCUGUGGAUCGUCAUGUUCUCGCUGUACAGCUCGGUCCGCGGGGGGGAGGCUUCAUCGCGAUCGUGGUUUCUGCUGGACUUGCUGUCACCUAUUUUGUGCAUUGUGCUCUUCUGCGCUCGUGUCGUGAGAGUUCGCUUCAGCUUUGAACAUGCAGUAGUGUAUAGCACAUUGGUUGUGCAUGUUCCGCUGUUUCUCGGACACCUAUGCGUGCGGCUGUUCGCGCUUGCUGAAGACUCCUCAGCUUCGUCGGUGACCAGCAGUGAGUCGUGGCUCAAGCUGGCAGUUUCGGUGUUCUACCUUUUGCUAAUGCAAGGCUACUUCUUUGUGAUCACGAAUGUGGUGAACAGCAUGUCGGAACCGUUCGCGCAUCCAUCGCUGCUGUACGUGGGACAGCUCUACUACUACAUUUUCUGGUACAUCCUAGUAGGCUCGGACACACCCAUCGACGCGCUGUACUGGGGUAUGUUGUUCUUGAACAACAUCCAUAUUGCCUUUCUCAACACAGGCGUCUACACGGAUUUCAAGCGCACCACUUCAGUCUGGCUGGGCGUGCCUUUGCAUGCUAACAUCACGUCCCCACUUUCGUCUUGCUUGCGCUCAACGACCUCAGCGUGUGAUGUUUCAAGGUGCUUCCUGCAUAGAACGUCAUCGCAGCAACGGGAACUUUUGGGACUAAACUGUGGCGUUGCUGGAGCAGCAGCCAUGGUGGCAAGCGAUGAUCUACUUGAAGACGGGAAUUUGCGGGGCUUUUGCAACCAGAGUGUCAGCCACAGCUUGAAUGGAGUUGUCGUGGCACAGAAAGUUGAUGAAAACGAAACUUGUGUCGGUGAGUUGCCGACUUGGCAAGAAACAGGCAGCAGGAAUCGAGAACGAGACCGAAGUGUAAAUAACGCUCAGCGAGAUACCCAAGCUUUAGCCUCAGAUGUAGCAUCGCCCGCUCGCAAGACUAGCAUAUGCAAGAUGUCGACGAUUCAUGGUGACUGUUCUCGUGCGCAUGCAACUUGCAAAGAGUGUGUCGGUCGAACGAGUGGGUCUUCGCGGUCUAGCCACGGGGAUACGGCUUCAUCCACCUCCGGUGCGGGUUUUCGUUCGGGGGCAUCUACCAGUGAAGCUCUUCGACCGCUUUACUUUCUCAUGAAGCUGGCGGAGCAGGAUAACAUGGCUGAUACGACAGCACUUAUACUAGUGCCUUCACUUUUGACACUUCUGGCAGUGUUUGAGAAGCCAGGCAGUGUGCUCUCUGUACUGCAAGACCAGACAAAUCUGUGGCUGCGCUGUGUAUGCAUGUUUAUUGGUCGGCUCGGUGGCGCAUUCCUCGCCCGUGAGAUCUUUACGUGCAAGCUGCGGUCGCGAUUACGCUCGACAUCGGAGGACUCGAGUAAGACAGCACGGGCUGAUGGUAUUAAUGGCUUCAUCGACGGUAUGCCUGCGCGCCUUUGGAUACAGCGUCUGAUGCUGCAGGAUUUCCACGCCCAAUUCUGGUACAUGACAGCCGUAACUAUGGUUGUCACUUUCGGUUGCUUUGCUCGUGUCGACCUGCCGUUGCGCUUUGCCCUGCUUUAA